AAGCGUGUGUGCAUUGUGCUCCGGGAAGUACAAAUCUCCAAGAUGUCUUCCCUGUUCACACUCGUUUUGUCACAAUUGUUUAUCGUCACACAUUUUGGGCUGUUGUAAAUGUAAGGAAUCCCCUGUGGGUUUUAAUUGCCCCGUGUGUCAGGUAUUUAUUCCAAGUAAUGGCGAGUUUGAAACUCCCGAGAGAUGGGCAGGCCUUUAUCCUGUUAAUACUAUUUUAAUGAAACUGGUUGCUUCCCCUGAACAGAAACAUUGCGCUGCUUGUAAGAGAGAUAACGAAGAAUUAGAGGCGGUGGACUACUGUUUGGCCUGUAACGAAGAACUGUGUAAAACAUGCUCAAAGUGUCACAGAAAAGGACUGACAACCUGCGACCAUAAGAUCUGUUCAUUAAACGAACUUCAACUUCAGAACAGAUCACAGCUUUCAGAAUCAAAUGUAUGUUCAAAACAUGUGGGUAGACCAGUGGAACUCUACUGUGACAAUCAUGGGGUUUUCUGUUGUGGGUUGUGUGGAGGAAUUGAGCAUAAAAAAUGUGAAAAUGUUUGCAGUAUAGAAGAGGCACUCGAGGGUUUGAAAAAGGACAAACAACAAUUAAUAGAGACUUUGCAUCAAAAUAUGACACAACACGAAGAACUGCUGACUUCAUUAAAAAAAUGAAGAGGAAGGGAAAAUUAAGCUGCUGGAAAGUCUCCCGGAAUCAGUUUCUGCUAAGUUCAAAGAAUUUCGAACAAAAGUUGAAGCAGAACUAAAAAGAAUUGAAGAACAUGAACUGAACAUAUUAGAAAAAAUUACUGCAAAGAAAAAGUUGCAAUCGCAGAAAUACAUGUCUUCACUUUCAGAAAAAAUAGAAUGUCAGAAACAGAUGGCGGGCUUGCUUAACGAAUUAAAGGGGAAGGAAAUUAGCACAGACAUGUUAUUAAGAUGGAAGCGAGCUAACAAAAUGUAUGAUUAUAUAAAGAUAAAAGAUACCCACGAAACGAAACUGAAAGUUAAAACAGAACUGUGCCAAAAUUUCACAGGUAUGCUGGAUUUAUUUGCUAGGAAGAGACUAGGUUGUAGUGAAUACACCGAAAGUACAUGCACAUGUUUCUUGGAAAUCACGGGAAAAGACGAAGUAAAUCUCGAAAUUUUGAAACUACAUUAUCCACAUGUUGAAAGAACAGAAAUAUACUCCAAUGACGGAACCUUUUUACCAAACGGUAAUUUAAUAAUUUCAGGAUAUUCUAAUCCAGAGUGCUAUGUUUACAAGGACUUAAAGUUUGUAACGAAAAUCGAAUUAGAUAUCAAACCUCGUAAUAUACAUAGGAAAGGAAAAGAAUUAUUUGUUAGCUCUCACGGUGGUAAAUCCAUAGAAGUAUUAUCAUUAGAGGAGUUCAAAAAGGUUAGAACUAUUCAAAUUGACGAAGGUUGCCAUGCUUUAGGUAGUUUCGGAGACAAUUUGUAUGGUGCCUGUUGCUCUUCAAUCAUUGAAUUCGAUGAUCAAGGAAAUAAAUUGCGAACGUUUACGACAGAAGGAAGCGUUUACAAUUUGACUGUGAAUGACAAAGGCGAUAUCAUUUACAGUUGUACCAACAGUUGCGUCAAAGCCCUGUCACAAGAAGGGGCUAUCCUCUGGACGUAUAGAAGUACUAACUUAAGUUAUCCCUACGGCAUUGAUAUCGAUUCUAAAGGAAACAUAUAUGUUGCUGGGAAAAUCAGUGGAAAUAUCCAUAUCCUCAGUAAAGACCUUUCAUCAAUUACUGUUGUAGAGAGCAUAUUUGCCCCGUAUUACAUUAAGAUUAACGAAAACAAACAAAAAUGUUACGUGAUUGCAUACAAUGGAGAGUUCCAUGUACAUGACAUGAAGUUAUCAACUGACAGAAAAGUAACCGAAAGUGCAUCAUGUGCUUAAGGGCAGGAACUAUUUCAAAUAAACAGCAGUGACAUGAGUUCUAUAUGGGCAGCACGGCCUUGAGAAGUUGUGACCUUAAAAACUGGCUGGCCGUACAAGUAAUUUCAAUUGAACAUGAGUAUUUAUACCCAGAUUUCUGCGCAAGUGGAUUGAGUUGAUUUAAAAAAUAGACCAGUCAGGAAUAACAUUACAAAUGAGUGUUUGACAAAAGCCUUCACAAAAUGUAAGGAUUAUACGCACUUGAUUCAAAUAAUUGAAUAAGAAAUAUGUUUACAAAAGUGAGCACGGGUUUUGCUUAAAUAUAUAUAUGAAAUAAAAUAUGUGUAAUUAU